AGUUGUAUAGAAAAGGAAAUAUAUGUUCAUUUUGGUAUGUUUUCUUAAAUGUAUUUUUAAAAAUAUGAUUAACUUACAACAGCCUUUACCGACUCUUGUGUCUUCCACAUGUUUUGGACUACAGCUCCCAUCAGCUCCACCAGACGGUGCUGCUUGGGGUUGGUGGGAGUUGCAAGUCCAAAAUAACUGGAGGGCUCCAGGUUGGCAUAGACUAAUGAACAGUAUCCUGAACUGGAGUACCUGGUCAACACUGUGAUGACUGUUAACCUUCAUAGGGUAACAUAGUCACUGAUGUGUUGAAACAGAUGGAUUUGGGGAAUAACAAAAUAGCUCUGUGUUGCCUGAAGUGAGCGAUGGAAACUCAUUGUUUUGGAAAUUUUUGUAGUUUGUAAUUCUCACCUAGGAAGGACACAUGGAAAUGUGAGUGCUUGGUAUGGAACAUGCAACUUGUAUAUUAAAAGUAUUUUGAGAAGCUAAAUGCUGUAUUCAUAUUUUAUUAAGUGACUGUUUCACUGUUGUCAUAUUACAUUACUUAUUGUCUUUAAUAGUCUUGAACACAAAGCUAGAAUCACAUAUUUGGCCAGACAGUGAGCUUUUAUAUGUAAUGUGGCACAUAAUAUGUGGAUCCGGCCUUGCCUUCAAGAAUGUUAACCACAAUAAGUACAGGACUCAAGAGCAUGUACAGUUCAACUAUCCUUUCCAGCUUUGAUGUGCGUUACUGUCCAUCCACUCUGUAAAAGAGUUGGCAUUUCUGUGCUUCUGAUUCCCUGUUCUCAAGUGUGGGUUUCUCAGACAACAUCUAAUGCCUUGCAAAAUGCAUCUGUAAUACAAUAACCAUUUACCUGGGAACAGGUCCAAUUGGAACUCAUUGGAAUUUAUCAUAGGCAUGCAUAAGAUUGAUAUUCUGGGUGCCUCCUGACUGCUAUAUUGGAUUAGUUGGCAGAAACAUAAAUGAGUUAAGCAUCAUAUAGCUAGAGCUCAAAAAAUACAAAAAGAGAUUAUAGAAGGUUUUACUUCCUGAGAAGUAGUUAUAAACUAAUCAAAGAAUCUCUAAGCAGUGCACAUAGAAGAAUUUAAAACAAUUAUCAAAUUCAGGUGCAAUUAAAGUGGAUUUGGAGCUCUUGCACAACACACUUCUCUGAAAGAUCACACUUUUGCGAUAAGGAAAGUGGUGACAAAAUGCAAUAGAACAUACGGGGUGACACUUGGUUUGUGUGCAAAGUAGCUGCACUAAGGGAGAGGAAGGAGGUAUAGACAUGGGGCGACAGUGAACACAGGUGGAGAGUGGAGCUGUAGAAUAGAAGCGAGAAGUGGCUUCAGAAUUGGGUCAGGAAAGAGUUUAGUUAGUAGUUGCAUGAGGUGGCAAAAGGAAGCUCCAGGGGGUAAUGUGAGGGAGAAUGGCAAGCAGAGGAAGCUGGGGGACACCCCAAGUAAGUGUCAUAUACAUUGGUACCUCGGGUUACAAACACCUUGGGUUACAAACUCCGCUAACCUUGGGUUAAGAACUUUGUCCCAGGAUGAGAACAGAAAUUGUGCUGAGACAGCGGGAGGCUCCAUUAGCUAAAGUGCUACCUCAAGUUAAGAACAGUUUCAGGUUAAAAACAGACCUCUGGAAUGAAUUAUGGUAAGUUCAUAACCCUAGGUACCACUGUAUUAGCAAUCAAAUGUUACAAGCGCCAUUGCUUAUGGAAAUGGCAACACCUGAACAGAAGGGGUUGGUAUGGUAUCAGCAGACGGGAACCACGUUUCCAGAAGUACAAACAACUUUUAAAAAAUUAUAUGGAUGUAAAGGGAGGAACCUCUGAAACAGCCAAAGAGGACCAAAAAUGCUCACUGAGUACAAAAUGCUGCCUGACUCUUGGGGAGGGCAAAAGGGGAAUGGAUUGAAGCAUCCUGAACAGGAGCCCUCCACACGGCAACUGUUAAGCUGCAGAUCCUGCUUGUCAUGCCUAAUAGCCAAUCAUUGAUAGACCUACCGUCCAUUUAUUUGUCUAAAAUCCUAUUUUAAAACUGCCUAAUCCAGUGGUCAUUGCCAGAUCUUUGGGGAGUGAUUUGCAUACAUCAAUUAUUCUUCGUGUGCUGAAGUACUUUCUUUUGAUACGUGUGUUUCUUUUAUUUCUGGUGUGACUGCUCAGUCACAGAUUGUUUUGAAAGAAAACUAGUGUUACUUCUGAAGAAGUGUGCAUGCACACGAAAGCUCAUACCAAAAUAAAAACUUAGUUGGUCUUUAAGGUGCUACUGAAGGAAUUUUUUUUUAGUGUUAUGUAGUUAGUAACAAGCUUCCAGUUAGUUUGUAAAAGUAAUAUUUAUUUUAAGGCAAGAACAGCGUGAAAGUUUGUGUUGGGUAAAAAUGGAAACUCACCCCAAGUCCCUUUAAUUAGCGCGUGAUGAUGUCAUUAGGAAAACACACCUUCACAGUCUUAUAUUUGAUACCGGGACACACUGAUACAAAAACUGGUAAUAUAAUUAAAUUGCAAGACCACAUAGCUGAAAUACGAAACUACCUGAGGGAUUUGAGUUUGAUUUUGGGGGGGGGGGGUUCCUCCGUUUUUAGCUUUAUUGGGUGUAAAAAUACUAAUACAGUUUUAGCAAACCCUUUGAUUUCCACUUUAGCCCCCCUAGCUUUAUUUGCUGCGUUUAUAUUUCUGAAGUGCUGAAACUCCUUAAACACUAGGAUUAGAAUGCAAUACAUGCACUGAACUAAAGGAGCAACUAGGCCGUUUCUCUUUGCACUGCCUGGGCUUCUCGACAGCAGCAUGAUGGAAAUCUGUAUAAUGUGCUUUCUUAAAGGAAAACCACACAUACCGGUAUCCGAAUCUACUAUGUAUUUUAUUUGUGUGUGUGUGUGUGUGUGUUAUAUGUGUGUGUGUAUUUUAUUAUGUAUUGUAUAAAAUACUUUACGGAGAAGGGAGUGAGUGAAGAUCUACAUCGGGAAUAAGGGAGGAAUAAAACGGUACCAUCGGGGGUCUGCUACCCCUUCGGACUCCACCUUCGUGGGUGGGCCGGCCCUGGCAGCAUCCCUUGGGAGGACAGGGCGGGGCCCCCAUAGCUUUCCUCCCCAUCCGCCUCCGUGGGAACCAUCCGCGUGCCUCCUUGCUCCCAAACGAGGACUCCUUUUCCUCCCUCGGUUCGCGGGCGCAACGCGGCCUCCCAAAGAGAGGUCGAAGGGAGGAGGCGGAGGAGGAGGAGGAACACCUGGCUUCCUACGGUAUCACUCCACACACCGCCCCGCCAGCAGACGCAUUAACGGCGCAGGCGCGAGGCGCGCGCUGCUCCUUCCCGUCUCCAUGGUAACCAGCCUGAGGCGGCCGGCCGUUGACGGUUUUUUUUUUUAAAUGAGAGGCGGUUGGGCUCGACGCCUCCUAUGUCGCGGAGGCGUCUCUCGGUCCCCCCGGAGCUGAGCCGGCGGCAGGACCAGGCGCUGAGCGGGACCAUGCGCCUGGUGAGGGAGUUGGGGCCCACCGCUUUCGUCCUGCAGGAGGAAGAGCAGCGGGCGGCGGAGCACAGGGUUUUUCUGGGGAAUCCUCACUCGUGCAGCUGUUCAAUAUUUGUGAAAGAAAAGGAUCUUUGUAAACAUAUCUGCUGGUUAUUGUUGAAAAAAUUCAAACUUCCCAGAGACCAUGAAUGGGCUCUACAGUUGGGUCUUGUGGAAAGAGAAAUUAACCAAGUGCUUCAGGGUCUACAAGUUGCUCCCCAACCAAAGGUAUCUGCUAAUUCUACCAAGGAGCAGCAAACAGCUGAUGAUGGGUACAUUAAACAAAAGCAAAUUGAUGAUGAGGAUGUGUGCCCUAUUUGCCAGGACAAACUGCUGAAGAGAAUGCUUCCUGUCACUUACUGCAGGUUUGGUUGUGGCAACAACAUACACAUAGUAUGUAUGAAGAUCUGGGCUGAUCAUCAGAUAGAGUUAGAGAAAGAUUCUUUGGUGAAGUGUCCCCUGUGUAGGGAAGAUUUUGCACCGUUGAAACUUAUAUUGGAAGAAUUCAGAAACAGCAAAAGACUCAUCACUGUAGCAGAGAAGCAGCAUCUUGACAAACAUCUUGGAAUCCCUUGCAAUAAUUGCAGGGUAUGUCCCAUUGAAGGCAAUUGUUACAAGUGCACCGAAUGUAGUGAAUAUCACCUAUGCCAUGGAUGUUUUAGAAGAUUUUGUCAUCCUUCACAUAGCUUUGCUUUUCGUGAGAAAAGGAAUCAGAGAUGGAGGUCAGUUGAACCAGUAACACAACUAUCAACAUCAGAAAAUCUGCAGAACUUUAAUCCAGAGAAUUCUAAAGAGGAAAAACACGGGGAUAACUGCAUACCAGAGGGUAUAAUAAACUCAUUACCUACUGUGCUGGUUGGAAAAUGCAGCAGUUUACUUGAUCCAGGCUUGCAAUGUAGACUCUGCUUGAAGAUCUUUCGCCUUGGCCAAAUGACAAGAUUCUUGCCGUGUAAUCACAAGUUCCAUAGAAAAUGCAUUGACCAUUGGUUGCACAAAGAAAAUGCCUGCCCUAUUGACGGACACAUUGUGUAUAAUCCAUUAACCUGGGAGAAUGUACGAAGCAAAGGCGAAGUAACCCCAAUUAUGUCUCAAGCAAAGAAUAAGUUUACAAAGCAGGAUGUGCAGGAGCUUUUUAUACCAGGGACAGGAUUGCUUGUCAAGCAAGUGAAACCUGGCUAUGUUCUUGAGAAGUCUCAAAGUCAUAUUCAAGUGUGUUGUAAGAAGAAAAAUAAUUCAGAAUGUGAACAGAGUCUAACACGGAAUGGCUUCAGCUAUACUUGUACAAGAAGCUCUGCUUCUAGCCAGCACAGUACUCAGACAAUCAGAAAUUUGAAGUUUUCUAGAUAUGCUAAGGGUUUGUCUCUUAUUCCAAAGCCUUGUGCUGAUGUGUUGACACAGGAAGGAAUUGGCACUGCCUUGAGAGGUUUAUCUAUAACUCGAAGUGCCUUUUAAAUUUCCAUUCUGUGCACAUUUACUUGGGAGUAAGCCCCAGUGAACUCAGUAGGACUUACUUCUGAGUAAAUGUUUAUAGGUUCAGGAUGCAAGUUUAAUAUAUUUCAAAAGAACUAUUUGAAUUUAUUAUAUUCUUUUUCGCUCCUAUCUCAUAUCAGGAGCAAUCUCUGCAAAAUAGCCACUUGGCUUAAAUCAGUACUUCAUCUUAUAGCAAAUUAUGUCUGGCAACAUUAUGCCUGCACAAGUCAUAUACAUCCAUAUUGUUUCUGUUAAACAUGAUGAGAAAAAAAAUCUGUUAAUGUAUAAAGCAGUAAGACAUAAAUUUGCCAUUUAAAAUUUGACUAAUACAAAAUAUUUUCAUUUGAUCCUGCAUAUCAAAAAUUAGGAAGUCAUGUGCACAAAUGACUGCUGUGCAUGUUUUCCCUCCUGAUUUAGCAGCUGGAAGUGCAGGUAUGUGCCAUUUUUAAAAAGUUUUGAAACACCAUAUAGCAGCUACUCAUGGGGGCAAAACAGAGUUGAGGUUUUUCCCUCUCUCAGGUUUUUACUUUUAAAAAGUUUACAUAUGUGCUGUGUUGAAUUGGAGCCACUACUUCUAUAGCACUUCGUUUUAUGCAAGUACUCAGAAAUAUGUAUAGUGGAUGAAUGAACUAAGAACUACACCAUGUUGAACCAGGAAGUUUCAAGCAAAGGUUCAGAGCAUAUCAUAAGGAGCCUGAAAUUGCAAGAGAAGAGGUAUUAAUGAAGAAUUCCUUAAUUUUGAUCCCCUUGCCUUGGUUUGUCUCAGAUGAGAUUGCUUUGCAAAAUUUUAGGAAUGUUGUAAGUAGCUGCUAGAUAACAUUCCUAGGAAUGGAAGCCAAGCUUAGCAUAUCUGCUGCUUUGUUAAUUUAUAUUUGUUUUAAUUAUGGUAAUACAGCUCAUUUAUUGGGCAAUGCUUAUUUCAAGCAAGUAUACACAGAACCUAAUGUGCAUCCUUUAAAUUUGUACCUAUGCAUGAAGUCCCUAAAGUGAUAUAAAAUCAGUUGAUAAGAACAUGGAUCUUCUUUGUUCAUAGAAGUGGAAAAAUGAAUUAAAAUAUUAUCUUCCACAAUGAAAGAACACCCAGCUUUAUUUUGUAACAUCAAGGGGGAAAAAUAUUAACUAACAUGUCUCAAUGCAUCUUUUGGUUUUCAUGGGGGGGGAAAUACCAUAAGGUUCCAGUUCUGUGUACGGCUACUUCAGAGCAAGCGCCACUGACUUCUUUAUAAGCAUGUGGGGGGGGGGGGUAGCUUUACAUGAGAAAUUAGCUUUUUUGUGAGAAGAGUGCAUUGCUAGUGAAAUAACAAUGAUGCAUUAUCAUGUGAGUCCAGGAAUUGUUUUUAAAAGGACCAAGAAUCACAAAGGCUAUCUUCACAAGUUUUUAAAAUAUUUUUAUUAUAUUGCAUGAACUCUUUUAACAUCUUAUAAAUUUUAAGAUACACUGUAGCAAUAGAUCAUUAGUACCAUAGCAGUUACACACACAUGAUAUGCCACUCCCUGACAGAAUAGAAAAAUGAAGAAACUUUUUUAUAAAAAAAAAAA